GCUAAUGAAGUCACAGAAGACAGAGGGGCUGCAAAUGAUCCAAGACAGAAUAAUGAAAACUAAAGAUAUCCAACACUCGAUAAAGCUGAGAAAAAAGAACACCGAAAAAGAGAAAGCGGACUGUGUUGAGCUGUUCUCGGAUCUGAUCCGCUCGCUCCCUUGGAGCUGUCAGUCUGAGCUGCUGGAGGUGAUGGAGCAGAAGCAGAAAGCAGAAGAGAAACAGGCUGAAGAGCUCAUUAAAGAGCUGGAGUAGGAGAUCACGAGGCUGAAGAGAAGAAACACUGAGUUGGAGCAGCUCUCACACACUGAAGAUCACCUGCACCUCCUACAGAUUUAUCCAUCCCUGUGCAGCCCGUUAGACACCAAGAUCUGGACUGGGAUCAGUAUUAACACUUGCGAGAGUGUGGAGACUUUGAGGAGUGCUCUGGCUCAGCUGCAGGACACUCUAGUUAAGAAACUCAGUCAAACUUUGAUGAAGAGGAUUCAGCAGUAUGCAGUGGAUGUGACUCUGGAUCCUAAUAAAGCACACCCUGAAAUGACUCUAUCUGAAGAUGGAAAACAAGUGCGACUUGGAAACAUAAUGCAUGACUAUCCACACAAUUACAAGAGGUUUGAUAAAUGUAUUGUGCUGGGAAAGGAGGGUUUUUCCUCUGGGAGGUUUUAUUUUGAGGUACAGGGAAUAACACAGUGGUGUUUAGGUGGCAAGUCAAUCCAUAGGAAGUGGGAUCUGUACCCGUGUCCUGGGAAUGGAAAUUGGUGUUUGUGGCAAAGUAAUGGAAACAUGUAUAAAGCGGGUGACUCUUCCCCUGUGUCUCUCUCCCUGAAUAAGAAGCCCCAGAAGGUGGGUGUGUUUGUGGAUUAUGAGGAGGGUCUGGUCUCAUUUGAUGAUGUGGAGGCCAGGUCUCAUAUCUACUCUUUCACCGAUCAGUCUUUUACUGAGAAACUCUAUCCAUAUUUAAGCCAUUGGUCUAAUGAUAAAGGUACACAUUCAGCAUUACUGAUCAUCUCACCUGUCAGUUACAAAAAAUAAACAAACCUAAAAUAAGAGGUCUUAGAUGAAGAUGAUUUAAAAUAUAUAUAUAUAUAAAUAAUCAUGAAUCUGAAUCAAGAAAUAUGUAUAUGCUUUUGCUUAGAGAUUUUGAUUAUGAACUGUACAAAUAUACAUAAUGCAGUAAUGGUAAAUGCUUUUCAUUUUUGUGUAAAAUUAUUUUAUGCUUGUCAAACUGUAAUGAUGCGAUGAUGACCUGUAUGUAAUCAUACCUUUUCAAUUAGUGCCUGGAAUAAUAAAAUA